AUGAACACUUCCUUGCUAGCCAAAUGGAUCUUUAAGUUAGAUAGUGGUGAGAAGAGUUUGGCUCUAGAGGUGCUGAGGAAGAAAUAUCUUAAUGACAAGAGUUUCUGUCAGAGUAAGCAAAAGGGUUGCUCUCAAUUUUGGCAGGGGCUUGGCAAAGCCAGAGAAUGGUAUGAAAGGGGGACUAAAUGGAUACUUGGCAAUGGUAGGAAGAUUAGGUUUUGGCAUGAUGUUUGGAUGGGAGAUUGUCCACUCAAGACUCUGUUCCCAAGAUUGUUUAGAAUCAGAAGGAAUUUGGAUUGGUCAGUGGCUGAUGCUAAAGAGGUGGACUGGCAGCUUGAUUUUAGGAGGAGGCUUGGAAAUGAGGAGGUGGCUGAGUGGAAUGAUCUCUAA